AAAUGUUCUAAAGGUAAAAAUUAAUUUGUUAAAUUCCCAAAAGUAAUGGGGAUUUAAUAUUCAUACAACGGCAAGAUAAAAAUAUAAUGAUUUUUUAUACUAUAUUUAUAAGUUCUAUAAAUUAGAUGUUAAGUUUAAUUGAGUGCAAUACAUUUAAAUUUACAAUGAAUUAAGCAUAAGUGAUAUUUAGUAUUAACACCAUACCAUAAAAUAAUUUUGGAUAACAUGUCUGAUAUAAUUAAGUCGGCCUUAGACUAUUUUAGUAGUAGUUUUUCAGCCGAAGAUAAUGACUAUGUUGGUUCUAACGUUGAGUUGGGUAGUGUCAAGUUAAAGAUUAAAAGACUUGUAGCUGAAGGUGGAUCGGGCAUGGUCUUUGUAGCUCAAGCUCAAGAUACUGGAAAAGAAUAUGCAUUAAAGAGAUUAAUAGCUGGAGAUGAUGUUGCAGAUAAAGCUAUUUUAAAUGAAAUAGAUGUACUUAAAAAAUUGACUGGUCAUCCGAAUGUAAUCCAUUUUAUGUCUGCGGCAUUCACUAGUAAAAUUGAUUCAGUAAAAGGAUCUAAUGAAUAUCUCAUAUUAACAGAAUUUUGUUCAGGCGGUAAUAUAGCAGAAUUGUUAUCAUCAAGGAGAAAACCAUUGAGUCCAAAUAUUGUAAUAUUGCUUUACUAUCAAAUGUGUUCGGCUACACGACAUAUGCAUUGCCAGAGUCCUCCUAUUAUUCAUAGAGAUUUAAAAAUUGAAAACUUUUUGAUCAGUGAUAAUGGCAGAAUCAAAUUAUGUGAUUUUGGCAGUUGUACUACUAAAGUUUAUAAGCCAGAUGAUAGUUGGACAUCUCAACAAAGAGCCCUUUUAGAAGACAAGAUCAAUCUGUGUACAACGCCAAUGUAUAGAGCUCCAGAGAUGAUUGAUACAUGGUCAAAUUUUGAGAUUGGAACUGCUGUUGAUGUUUGGGCCUUAGGAUGUGUUUGUUAUGCUCUUUGUUAUAAUCGACAUCCCUUUGAAGAUUCAAACAAAUUAGCAAUUAUCAAUGCAAGAUUUUCUAUUCCUCCAUUGAAUAGUUUAUAUCCAGAACUUAUAACUAUCAUAAAGGGGUGUUUGCAACCUGAUCCUUCAUUGAGGAUGUCUGUUUUUGAAACUUUACAACUUGUUGAAAGUAUCAGAGAAACUUAUAAAAUAAAUCUAGAAUCAAUAGAUGUUAACAAACUUAAAUCAGAAGCAAAACCUAUAGAACCUUUAGGAGUCCAGGCUCCAAAUGUUCCACAACAACAGCAACAACCGCCAGUGACAGCAAGACAAUCCCCUUCAUUAACAUUCAAUUCUGGCCUAUUUUCACAAAUUCGCGGAGGAGCUGGUAGUUUUUUGAAAAAUUUGAAAGAUACAUCUAAUAGAGUUAUGCAAACAGUUCAGUCGUCUGUUAAUGUAAAAGCUGGUGUAGAUAUGACAUAUAUAACAUCAAAAUUGGCUGUGUUAACUGUUUCUCAAGAUACCAGUACAGAUAAUCUAAUAUCAUUUCUUGAUAGCCGACAAUGUCGUUUAUAUAAUAUGUCUGGACAGUCAUAUCCUCGUACUAUUGGGCAAACUGUUGUCAUUGAGCUUUGUCCAAAAUUAAACACUUGUCCAACCUUACAUGAAAUUUAUGCUGUUUGUGAUGAUAUGUAUAAUUAUUUAAAAAAGAACCCUACAAAUCUUUGCAUUAUUGCCCAGUCUUCUGAAAAUGAUAGUACUUCUGCAUUGAUUGCGCUUGCAUUUUUACUGUACAUGAAUGUUUCCAGUACUGUUGAAGAUGUUUGUACUAUAUAUGUAGUAAAAAAAUCAUCACCCGUUUUACAACCAUCAGAAAAUAGAUAUUUAAAUUAUAUGGCAACUGAACAAACGCAUAAUGUUGAUUCAAUCAAUAUUAGACGAAUAGUUAUUGAGCCUGUUCCUCUUUUCAAUAAAAAUCGGGAUGGUUGCCGUCCAUUUAUUGAAGUAUAUGAAGGUUACAAUAAAGUACUAUCUACCGAACAAGAACAUGAACGAAUGACUUCUUAUGAUAUUUCCAGUGGAAAGAUAUUAUUUAUACUUAAGUCCCUUCCUGCUGGAAUCAGAAAUGAUAUCACAGUCAUUGCAUAUCAUUCUAGACAAGUCCUUGGUCGCCCAGUACCAUUAAAAAUGUUCCAAUUUCAGUUUCAUUCUGAUUUUUUGAUAUUUCCUGAUGGUGAUGAUGUUGUUAUUGAUUUUAAUAAGAGUGAAUUAGAUUUUAUAUCUACUGCUGAACACUACCAGAGUAAUAUGUUUCAUGUUAGAGUUGAAAUAGAACAACAUAAAAACGGAAUCUCAAUGCAAUAUAGAACUCGAGACAACAAAAUAAUCCCUGAUGCUUUAUUUUCAACAGACAAUGAAAAGGCACAGUUUUUUGACUUGUUUCCACAACGAAAAAAUACAUCUAAAUCGAUUGCUAAUCAUGUUAUACCACAAGAGUUGCAAAAAAAUCAGGCAUGUGUACCACCUUUAAGACCAGACAAUCCACCACAUGUGAUUGAAUCAAAAUCCAAUAAAACUAAUGAAGGCUUAUUAUUAAAUUUAUCAUUUGUAUCAAUCGAAGAUGAACCGGCAAAGUCAAAAAAAGAAGAUUUAUUUGAUCUCUUAGGGUCUGAAAACAAUAAGACUGACAAUUCUAAAGAUUUAUUUGAUGGAUUCGUAGAAGCUACCAAUACCAAUAAUGAUAUUUUGUUCGACUCGUUUGUUUCAAAACCCAAAUCUCAAGAAGGUGAUUUGUUGAAUUUAAAUGAACAAAACGUACAAAAAGUUGACAAUCCUUGGUUAAAUCAGUCAAUUCCAAUUGAUAUAAAUAAGUCUUUUAUUAAGAGUAGCAGCAUGUCGAAUGGUAGUUUUAGUUCUUCCAAAUCAAAUGUUGGUGAUUUUGACUUUUUGAAAACAGACAAUUGGAUGAAUUCAACCAGUUAUUCCCAAACUAGUAGCCCUACAAAAACAUUUAAAACUCCUGCAGAACCGGAUUAUAGUAGUAUACAUUUAGAAGAAGAAACUAAGGUUCCUCCAAAAUCGUCCUUUGGUAGUGGUGAUAUAUUUGGUGAUUUGUUGGGAAGCCAAGGAUAUAAAUUUAAUUCUAAGACUAAUACUGGCCCAAAAACAAUAAAUGAAUUACGCCGAGAAGAUUUAGUCAAGGAAAUUGACCCUGAAAAGUUAAAAGUUAUGGAAUGGACUGAAGGGAAAAAAGGAAAUAUUAGAGCUUUACUUGGAACACUACAUACAGUCCUAUGGGAAGGGUCUGGUUGGAACUGUAAUCUUAGUAAUUUAGUAAGCUACGCAGAUGUUAAAAAAUCGUAUCGGAAAGCAUGUCUUGCUGUUCAUCCUGACAAGCAAACUGGAACUAGAAACGAAAAUCUAGCGAAAUUAAUAUUUGUGGAAUUGAACAAUGCAUGGUCAGAAUUUGAUUCCAAAUCAAGCUAAUAAAAAUAAAAUUAUUAUAUGUAUUAUGUUUUAAGAAUAAUAUUUAUAAUGUUAUUUAUUGUCCUAUAUGUCCAAAAUAUUCAGUCUUUUUUAGAAUUUUAUGUUUUUAUUUAUUAUAUUAUUGUACUAUAACAAUGUAUUUUAUUAAAUAUUGUAUUGCAAUUUCAAACACUACUUUUAUCUAGUCUAAAAUUAAUGCUAAAUAAUACAUUUAUUUAUAUAUUAUUUUUUAUAUUGGUUCUAAUUUUUAAAAUAU